GGAAGAUAGGCGUAGCCCUCAAUCGUGUGACGAGGAGCAUACUGACGACGUGGCAGAUAACCCAUGGAUUGCGAAUUCCCAGAGGAAACACGCGUGCCUACGGUAUCAAAGUCAGCAUCAGAUGACAGUGUUGCCAGAUUCUUCAAUUUACUCACUGCCAUGAUGCGAUUGAAGCGUUCCGGCAUUGGGAGCUCGGCCAUCAGAAUAAUCAAGAUAUGUGCCAGCUUCGACAUAACCAUGGCCAGCAGGAGGACUCUGAUCACGUUCUGUUCGACCACUGGUGGCACCUCCAACCAAUUGAGUGGCAGCAGCAAGAACGCGCUGAGCAAGAUAUUGAGCAUCAUAUUGAUUACUUGGGCGCGGCCGAUUGUUCUCGACAGAGGCUUGAAGAGAGGGUGCGGUGAUGAAAGUCGACUCGGUGUAGAGGAGGUUGUUGUCCUCGCAUUAUGUCAGUACUUUCAACAUGAGGUGUUCAGAGAGUCCAUGACAUACAGUGUCUACUGCCUGAUUGUUCAGAGUUUGAGUCAAGUUGACGGUGUUGUCGAUUGUGGUGUUGUUGAGAUUGUUGUUGGUCUCAAGUUGAGUCAGUGGAUUUGACAAGAUAUUUAUGGGAUGGGGAUGAGCUACCAUGUCUUCCGUGUGAUUCCGCAGGGUUACCGCGACGUCGUCGAUGAUGUCGUCGCGGCCAUAUUGGGCUUGGACAUCUCUCGCCUCAUUCGCUGCCAUGUUGACCAUGGUCGCGCGGACGGGGAUCAUUCACUGACAGCGCAGGAGUCAGCCUUGCUCGUGCUUGGAUGAGAGUGUAUCAAAGCCUUUACCUACAACAAGACGCGAUCGAAGGUGUUGUUACAAGAAAUCUGUCGUACUCUUUGUGAGGUGGAUAUGAAAGUCCAAAUCCCAAAUUCGGACACCCAGGACGCGAUAUUAGUCCAUGGCACAGGCAGUGCCUGGCGCUAGCGAGGUGGUGAGGCGGUAUCCCUUUCACCGCCGGACAACCACAGAAGUGAACUGCCAUUGUGCUUUGGUGCAGCGCAGAGCGUCUUUCUCACAAAGGGAAAGGUCCAUCUCCAACCAACAUUUUCUCCAUACUGAAGGAGAACCCUAACAUUGAUGGCAGGGCAAGUUGGCAGCGGCCAUUCUCUGAGAUGCCUCGAAGAGUAGAUCUGUAGAUCUCGUCAGGCCCAGAACGCAUGGUUGCAUGAUUGUAUGGUUUAGCCCGGGCCAUCGAGAUGCAAUGACCAAACACUGCAGCCACGGAGGCAACAGGAGUCUGCACCAUCUUACAAGAGUCUAGGAGGAAGAGAAAGAGGAAGAAGAGGAAGAGGAAGAGGAAGAGCAAGAGGAAGACGAAGUGGAAGACAAUCGGAAUGCCCAGACCACGCUAAGUCCUUACCGAAGAUACCACCCUUUGCCGACGAUAUGCGACGGUCAAUUCAAUGGAUUAUCUGGCAGCAUAUAGGGGAGCGAAAGAACCAUCCUGAGCUUUAGGUUGCUGUCAAGAGGAGAAGAGAAUCCGUGUCCCUUCAACAAUGGAACGCGCAGGAAAGACAAUACCAUUGCAUUGAUCUGGAGGAAGGAUGUACUGGACCACGAUCUUGACUUCAGGAGCUCUACUAUCCAUUUGCGAACUCAGCUAUUCGUCCUGUCUAUGACACCCUAGGACAGAGUCGGUCCAACAGUGUAGGCGCUCACCAGAGCCGACUGAAUGCCAGAGAUUCAUUCGACCUUGUCUGAUAGCCCUAUUUACCGAAGCAAUGGCAGGAUGUGCAGAUGACCGAGGAACAGGAAUGCAAUGAAGGAGCUGUGGUGCUACCAUGGUCCGCUAACGAGUUUGAUGGUCUCCGUUGGCAAUCCUGGCUCCAUUUCGCACCCAAGCUUCAUCUCUUGUGCUUUCCAAUCUCGAAGCGAGGUCGGUAUCUGCUAUGAGAUUUUGAAAAAUCGCAUU